AUGGCAAACCGUCGACACCUUGCCAUGCUUCCUCUCCUCUUCCUCACCCUGCUCCCGCUCUUGACGAAUGCCUACGAGACAACCCCAAAACCAGCAGCGAAGGUGACCGAUGUGGUGGUGGAAGGCCUCGUCUACUGCCAAAGCUGUGAGAACUACGGGUCGUGGCACCUGAACGGAGCUAAGCCUAUUAAAGCGGCCACCAUCGGCGUCAUCUGCAAGGAUCACAGAAACCGAAUAAGCUACUACAAGGCGUUUAAUACUGAUAAAAAUGGUUACUUCUACGCGGAGCUUAAGGGAUUCAAGAUGAGCCACUCUUUCUUGGAUCAUCCCCUGCAUUCAUGCAAAGUAAAACUGGUGUCUUCUCCUCUCAAAACCUGCAAUCUUCUCACUAAUGUCAAUUAUGGACUCAACGGUGCUCCACUUCGCUAUGAAGACAAGAGGAUCAUCGGAAGUAACUACGAGGCAGUGAUAUACGCUGCGGGUCCACUGGCUUUCCGCCCGAAUAAUUGUGUUCAAAAGGAGGAACCCGAUGUUAAUUAUUAG